AUGGUGGUGAGAUCUCCAUCUUUCUUCUUCUUCCUCCCCUUCAUUUUAGCUUUUUCGAUUCAAUCCUCUGGUUUGUCAACUGUUGAUUUAGAAGCUAAAGCAUUGCUGAACUGGAAAACUAGUCUGAAAAAUCACAUUUUGGUUUCAUGGUUUCUUAAAACCAGCAACUCCACCAGCCAUUGCAGUUGGAUUGGCAUCAAAUGCAACGAUGACGGAAGUGUACUCGAGGUUAACCUCCCAAAUUUUGAUUUGGAAGGGACUCUCAAUCAAUUGAACUUCUUCUUGUUGCCCCAUUUGACCGGCCUGAAUCUCAGCAUGAACUAUUUUUUACAAGGGAAAAUCCCGAAGAGUAUCGGCUCCCUUUCGAAACUCAGUUUCUUGGAUUUGGGAGACAAUCGGUUUACGGGGUCGGUACCUGAAGAGAUUGGCAAUCUCACUGAGCUUCGCUUCAUUUCUCUAAGUGGAAAUGAUCUUAGUGGCCCCAUCCCUUAUCAGCUGGGUAAUCUGCAAAAGAUAUGGCAUUUAGACCUUGGUAGGAACAAUUUGACUUCUACUGACUGGUCAAGGUUUACAGGUAUGGAGUCUCUUACUCACCUCUACCUAUAUCACAAUGCUUUGAUAGAUUUCCCAGCCUUUGUUUCCAGAUGCAAAAAAUUAGUACUUCUUGAUUUGUCUGAAAAUGAAGUAAGUGGUGGAAUCCCCAUUCAAAUGGUUUCCAGUCUGGAAAACCUCCAAGUCCUCGACUUUAGUCGUAAUUACUUUCAAGGACCUAUUCCUGCUGAACUUCAGAAUCUGACGAGGCUUCAAGAACUUAAACUCUAUAGCAAUAAUCUCAAGGGAUCCCUCCCUCCCUCCAUUGGAAACCUUUUCAUGCUUAGUACAUUGUCUCUAUACAAUAACCACUUCACAGGAUCCCUCCCUCCCUCCAUAAGAAACCUUUCCAAGCUGACUUACUUAGAUUUAUCUGCAAACAACUUCACAAGAUCCCUCCCUCCCUCCAUAGAAAACCUUUCCAAGCUGACUCACUUAUAUCUAUCUAGAAACAACUUCACAGGAUCCCUCCCUCCCUCCAUAGGAAACCUUUCCAUGCUUAGUGAUUUGGAUCUAUCUGGAAACCACUUCACAGGAUCCCUCCCUCCCUCCAUAGGAAACCUUUCCAUGCUUAGUGAUUUGGAUCUAUCUGAAAACAACUUCACAGGAUCCCUCCCUCCCUCCAUAGGAAACCUUUCUAAGCUAACUCAAUUAUUGCUAUUUGAAAACCACUUCACAGGCUCCCUCCCUCCCUCCAUAGGAAACCUUUCCAAGCUGACUCACUUAUAUCUAUCUAGAAACAACUUCACAGGAUCCCUCCCUCCCUCCAUAGGAAACCUUUCCAUGCUUAGUGAUUUGGAUCUAUCUGGAAACCACUUCACAGGAUCUCUCCCUCCCUCCAUAGGAAACCUUUUCAUGCUUAGUGGUUUGUCCCUAUCUAAUAACAAUUUGAUGGGAUCUCUUCCUCCUGAGAUUUGGAAUCUUAAAUACAUAACUAUUACGGAUUUAAGUUCAAAUAGAUUUCAAGGCCAAUUAAUCCACACCGCGUCUGACCUUCAAGGACUUCACCUUCUAUACAACUACGGCAACUUUUCUGGAAAUACUAGGUUGGGUUUGGGAAAAAAAUUUGAAAUGUUGAAUAUCAGCUCAUCAACGGAUAUACGCCGUCAGAUUUGCAAAAGCAUGAAAUUAUUGCCAGGAUUCUUGAAACAUUGUACGAGCACAGUGACAAUCCGAGAGGUUGCAUGCUAUGACCUGGUGAACACAACUGAGACUUAUGCCAAGCUUCCUAAUUUAGGACAACUACAUCUCUCAAACAAUCAAAUUUCUGGUUGUAUUCCAGAAAAUUUUGGAGAAGUCGUGCCAAAUCUAUCGAUCUUGGAUCUCUCCAAUAACAGUAUUUCAGGAUUUAUUCCCACUUCCAUGGGAUACUUGAAAAAUUUGAGGACAUUAUUGUUGAGAGGCAAUACAUUAACAGGCCAGAUCCCAUCGUCAUUUAAACAUUGUACCCAGCUAGAGGUUUUGGAUCUUGGUGACAAUCAAUUAACGGGAAAUUUACCAUCAUGGAUUGGCCAAAGUCUUACCUCACUUCGUGUUCUCUCUCUGAGAUCUAACAAGCUUAUUGGGGCCAUUCCUAAGACUAUGUCAAGUCUAUACUCGCUUCAAGUUUUCGAUGCUGCUGAAAAUUGCCUCUCAGGCACUAUCCCUGACAUGUUCACAAACUUCGCAGCAAUGAAAGUUACAGAGAAGAUGGCUGAUUACAUUUACGAUCUCGAGCACAACUUCUAUUAUAUGGUGAGCAUUGAUAUAGUGGCAAAAGGGUCAAUGAUGGAAUACACCAAAUUUCUCUAUCUUGUGACAUGCAUAGAUCUUUCGAGAAAUAAUUUCUCGGGAAGAAUUCCAGAAUCAUUGACAAAAUUGAUAGGCUUGCGCGUGUUAAACCUAUCUGGAAACCACAUGAUUGGGAAGAUUCCUCAAGAGAUUAAUCAAUUGCAAGAGCUAGAAUCGAUGGACCUCUCGAACAAUCUAUUCUCUGGUGGCAUUCCUCUGAGCAUGUCAUCUAUGAAUGCCUUGGGCGCAUUGAACUUGUCCUACAACAAUUUGUCUGGUCCAAUUCCUUUUACUGGCCACAUGAGCACAUUCGAUGAUGCCUCAAUAUACUAUGGAAACGAACAUCUUUGUG